AUGGUAGAGCUGGAAAGCAAGAUAGCGGGGGGAGCAGACGACACGUCCAAGGCAAAGCCAGCGUUCACCACCGAGGCAGGCACUCAAAGAGUACCGGCGUACAUCUCACCUCAUCCCGAACUUGUCCUCGACUGUGACAUUGUCGUCCUUGCAGUGAUUAUUGCUUUCCUCUACCUCCUUUACUUACGGUUGUCCUCCGCUGUUGUCAUCUUCAUCUAUUUUAGUAUUGCUGACGCCGUUCGGUCAACCUCAACUUCGCUGGCAUUCGACCGUACCUGUUUCUGCUGCCCUCAACUACUGCGUCCAUUUGCUGGGCAAAAUCUCGCCGCUCUUACACCUGUUUUGAUCGGCGGUCAGUAUAAUGCUCCUCCCUCUUCGGCACCAGCCCGUGUCUACGUGGAUGCUUCAAUCUCCCUCAACCUUGCUGGUGCCCUCAUCGCCACGCUCAAUGACAAAAAAAGUCGCCCGCCGCCCGCGAGGCCGCCGCUAAGGUUAUUGCGACUUCUCACCUUGUCCGGCGUCAUCCGCACUCGAGCUGCACUUUGUCGACAUGUGCGUGUAUACCGCCCUGUUCAAGGUGUUUGCGGACAAGAUGCUGCGGUCCGGACCACGGCCGUCAAAGCCAUGCACCUGUUCACCGAGAAGACGGAGCCCUUGGGGACUGCAAUGAUCCUUUCUGCCCUGCCUCACGAGAUCAAUACCGCCGGAUUCUGGCAGAUCAAUAUGGUCUCGCUCGCCGCUGUGAACCAGCACGUUGCCGGCACCCCGGUUCACAUCGGCCGUCUGACGCCCGAGAUCGUCCCAGUCCUCUUCGAGGUGAUUUAG